UUCGGUGGAGAGAAAAAAACAGUUCUCCUCCUGGCCUCUGUCUUUUUUUGUGCUGCAUGGAUUAUGAAGCCACUUCCAGUAAAAAGACAUGACGUUUCGGUGGGAAUCAACGCGUGGGAUCAAACUCCAAAACCUGGUUCCUCUUUGCGGGCUGUUGCUGGUUCUGGUCCUGUUGUACAACGACCCGUUUCUAAUCCUGUGGUGGCACCAGAGACCUGAUGAGUUCGCUGCAGUCUUACCCCUGGAUAUGUCUCCUGAUUCCAUUGACGACAUGUAUGAUGGCUGUCGUUCUCAAUCCAUGUCUCUCAUCAACCUGUAUGGUGUGUUUGAGUGGCACGUCAACACGAACUUCAGCUACGCCUGGGCUCUGCAUGAGAGACAUGCCAAGAAACCUGUGCACAAGCACCUGCAAGACGAUCACUCCACGUCCUUGUACAUGUUCACAAAACUGGCCAACAUCCGACGGGAUUUCAACACGGCCGUGAAAACGGGAAAACACGAGUACAGCACGGACGGCUUCUGCUUUCAUUUUCUGUAUUUCUACUUGACCGAUGCCAUUCAAGCCCUGAAUCCGAACCACUCGGAGUGCCGAACCGUUCACCUCAGGACUUGGAAACGCUUCAAGCAGAAUGUCAUAGACACAAACGUCCGCUUUGGGGGAUUCACUUGGGCAGCGUCAAGCAAGCAGUCGUUUGAGGUCAACGGCAACGUCUCCUGUUUUGAAAUCCAGACAUGUUUCGGUGCUGACAUCACGCAUUACUCCAGCGUCGACCAGACGGGACAGGUGCUCAUUCCGACCUACGAGGUUUUCCGGGUCACGGACGUUGUGACGGGCGACCCGUGGUGCAGCGUGGUCUACAAGCUUCAGAGCACCAAGAAACCAAAGACAGACCAAAACUGCAAACUGAGUCGGAAGAUGACAGAAUCCCUGUUGGGUGGAGGCAACACCGUGACCAUGUCAGCAUGCGCUGUGCUGCUAAUGAUAAACUCUUUUAUUCUUGUGAGACGCAAACAGAAACGCUACGUGGCUGUUGUGUUGGGCGCUAUGACCGUCCUGAUCAUUUUUAUAUUAUUGCUUAUUUAACUUCAGUCUUAAUUUAUAUCAUAAACACGUGUAAGAUAUUAAAAUAUCCCAAGAGACAUUUUCUUUAAAAGUAUUUGCUGAAAAAUGAACUACAAAAUGGUGAAUAUUUCCCCUAAAUGUAUAUAUUUGUACUGUAACUGUACAUUGGGAAUUUUGUGAAUUCACCACACCAAAUAAAAUAAAGCAAAGUCAUAGCUGUA